AUGAGAGCGAAAAUGCUGUCACAAACGUUCAUGCUUCGAUUCUUUAUUGCGGGUCUUUUCGUCAUCGCUUUAGUGAGCGCCGAGACGUCGACUUGUUUAGCCCGCCCAACGCCGGCAGAAGAGAGGACAAAUAUCACCGUAGGUGAUUUUUCUAUGCCGAUUGGUAUAGCGUCCGGAGAUUGGCAAUUCAAUCUGAUCCUCGCGGAUCUCGUUGCAAUUUUGCUUGAGGAAGUGCUGGGAUAUAACGUUGCGAAAGUCGUGACAGGGUCAGAGCUGCAAAAGCUGCUCAGUGUGGCUGGCUGCUCGAUGGCCCCUACUGGUAUCAAUUGUGCCUACCCAUCUUUCUAUCACAUUGCUCUGGAGGUCAUGGAAUUUCAUACCACCUUGUCGGAAUGGUCUACAGCUGUGGAGCAGCUCGGGGAUCUUGCCCCAAAAGACUUGGGAACCUUGGGCUAUGAGGGCUAUGAAGGGAUGUUCAUCUUCGAGCAGCCUCGCAAGAAGUGCGUGGAAGAAACCGGCCUAGACUUGUCCUACUUCUUUUCAUUCAAUGCUUCCUGGUUCUAUCCGGAGAACUACCUGGCUACCAUCGGUUCAGUUGACAUGGACCAGCUACUUCCUUGCUCUCAAAGCCUCUACGUGGAGUGGCCGGAUCUCGGAAACCAGUACCUCAGUGCAACUGGGGACUCAGAUGGCGUCGCGUUCCUGAAUGGCUUAGCUCGUCUGAAGUGCUGGGAAGAGAAGUGGUGGCUGGCACCUGCUUGCCGAUCCAACGCUUCCAGAUGCAUUGCGGUGGUGACUGGGCCAGAGGCGUGGGGGAUGCCUUAUAUGGUGCAACAAGCAGCCUUUCACAACAUGCCUCUUGCCAUCGCGUCAGCCUUGGAUACUCCUACCUACGAGGAGAUAAAUCGCCAGCUCCAGUCCGUGUUCUACUGGUGGAGUCCCGACCCCUCCUUCGCAGCCUUCGAAACCAGAGCUGUUGUUUUCCCGCCGCACAACGCUGCCGAACACAGGCAGGGAAUCUACAAGACCCAACCGAGCACGGAGCCAGUGCUGAAAUUGGUUUCCUCUGGCUUGGAAUCCUCUGCGCGCCGUGCUUACCGUCUCAUUGAAAACCUGCAGAUCAAGGACAGCGAUGUAUCAUAA